UUUCCUCCAUUUCUUACGUGCUGUUCUAAGAGGUUGAUUGGCCGCCAUGGUAGUAGCAAGCUCGUUGUGCUGCAGCCACGCGCUUGGGCUGAAGCCGCUGCAUUCUACCGUUAAUGGAACGCGUAGACUAAUAUCCUCUACGAGCCUUCAGGCAUUCACACCCCGCCGCUCAGCUCCUGGCAAUGCUCGCAUCGAACGGUCCGACAGGCGAAAUGUUCGCAUCUCAGCCGUCAAUGUCGCUGCCGAGAGUGCGACGGCGUCGCAGGGGUCGGAAUCGGAGCUUCUGGAUUGGAUGACCGCCAAUGGCCUCCCGCCGUGCAAAGUGACGCUCAAGGAGCGGCCCGGAGCCACUCCCGAGGAAGAUUCGAUCCGAUACGUGGCGGCUAGCGAGGAUCUGCAGGCUGGUGACGUUCCGUUGAAGGUUCCCGACAACCUCAUUGUGACGCUGGGGCGAGUGCUGGGCGACGAAACCCUAGCCGAGCUGCUGACGACCAACAAGCUAUCGGAGCUGGCGUGCCUGGCGCUGUACCUCAUGUUCGAGAAGAAGCAGGGUGACGAGUCCUUCUGGCGGCCCUUCAUCAACGAGCUGGACAGGCAGAGGGGGCGAGGCCAGACAGCGGUAGAAACCCCGCUGCUGUGGGAGCCGGAGGAGGUGGCAGAGCUGUUCCAGGGGAGCCCCAUGAAGGCGGAGGUGGAGGCGAGGCUGCAGGGCAUCAAGCGGGAGUACGAGGAGCUGGACACGGUGUGGUUCCUGGCUGCCUCCCUCUUCAAGCAAUACCCCUACGACACGCCCUCUGAGACGUUCCCCUUUGAGAUCUUCAAGCAGGCGUUCAUUGCCGUGCAGUCAUGCGUGGUGCACCUGCAGGGAGUGAGCCUCCCCCGUCGCUUCGCCCUCAUCCCCAUGGGCCCACCUCUCCUGGCAUACCGCAGCACCACUCGCUCCAUGCUCGCUGCCUCGCCUGAUGGCGGCGUGGAGCUCAGGCUAGAUCGCCCUGUCAAGGCAGGGGAGCCCCUCAGUGUGUGGUGUGGCCCACAGCCCAACACCCGUUUGCUGCUCAACUACGGCAUUGUGGAUGAGGAUAACCCCUAUGACCGCCUCACAGUCCAGGUGGCUCUGAACCCCGACGACCCGCUCUACCAGGCGAAGCGAGCCAUCGUGCAGAAGAACGACCUGCUGCGCACUCAGGACUUCCAGCUGUACAAGGGCAAGGAGCACACAGCUCUGUACGACAUGAUGCCCUACUUGCGCCUGGCGCAUGUCACCGACCCCCUCGACAUGGAGUUCGUCACCUUCGCUCAGGGGCCAGUGUGCGGGGUGAGUCCGUGCAACGAGAAUGCAGUGUUGGAUCAGCUGGUCGAGUUUCUGGAGGGCAGACUCGCGGCCUACCCCACCACUCUGGAGGAGGAUAUUGCUGCGAUCGCAGACCCCGCAACGGCUCCCAAGAGGAGGGUGGCAGCGCGGCUGGUGCGCAUUGAGAAGGAGAUUCUGAGGAACGCACUGGCAGCAGUGCAGGAGGUGAUUGCUGCCCUGCCCAAUGGGAGCGAGUCGCCCUGCUACAGCCAGUACAGGCCCAUCCUCAAAUGAGCUACAGUAGUCACCGCCAAAAUUUAGCAGUGCAGCAUAGCUAUUAUAUGAUACAAUCAGCACUGUGCCUUGUCAUGUGCCGGAAAGAUAAGAGAACAAUUGUGCUCAACGCUUCAGUGUACACAGCCUGAUAAAAACAAUUGUGAAAAAGAAUAUUAACGACCA